AUGAUACCCGCCCAAUUCGCCUUCUCGUCAGCUUUCAUCGUAGGUCUAGCAGGACUAGCUUUUCACCGCACCCACCUCUUAUCAGCUCUUCUAUGCCUGGAAGGAAUAAUACUAUCCCUAUUUAUUGCCCUCUCCUUAUGAAUAUUAUCAACAGAUUCUACCACCUUCUCCGCCUCCCCCAUUCUCCUCCUGGCUUUCUCGGCUUGUGAAGCAAGUACAGGACUUGCCCUUCUUGUUGCGACAUCCCGAACCCACGGAUCCGAUCGACUUCACGCCCUCAACUUACUACAAUGCUAA